CCCGCCACAUGGAAUCUCUCACGGCUAAGCACGGCGCUAAGCUAAUCCGGAGCGAUUUGGGCAACGAGUGGAGCGGAGGGGAGGAUCAUCGCAGCUAUGGCGGUGUUGAGCGGCGGCUCGCUACUCUUGGUGCUUCCUCCUCGCGGGCUGGGGCGAUGUCCACGGCGGGGGAUUCAAUGCAGGUAUGGCGGCAGCGGGAAUGUGGGGCAGGGGAUUGAUCGUGCCGAUCGCCAAGAACGCCAAGAACACAACAAGGAUUUGUUCUCAAAUGGACGAUGCUGGUGGUCGAUCGUCUCGUCGGCCGCGACCGCUGCUCCCGUGCUCUUCCUUCCAGAGGCUGCUUUGGCUGUGGAUGGACAAUUUGGCAUCCUGGAAGGACGCUCUUUCGCUCUGCUUCACCCGAUCGUCAUGGGAGGAUUGUUUGCCUACACGAUCUGGGCCGGCUACUUGGGAUGGCAAUGGAGACAAGUGAGAACCAUCCAAGCGGAGGUCACGGAGCUCAAGAAGCAAGUCAAACCUCGAGAGGAGAACUCUCCGCCCUCGGAGAUCGAGCGAAAGAUCGAGAAACUCACCGAGGUAAGGAAAGAACUCGUCAAGGGUGGAUUUCGCGACAGGCAUUUCAACGCUGGAUCCAUCCUCCUGGGAUUUGGAGUGACCGAAGCCGUGGGUGGCUGCGUCAAUACGUGGUUUCGCACUGGGAAGCUCUUCCCGGGGCCUCAUUUGUUUAGCGGCGCUGCGAUCACUGUGCUGUGGGCUCUCGCCGCCUCGCUCGUCCCGGCGAUGCAAAAGGGCAACGAUACCGCCAGAAAUCUUCACAUCGCCCUCAACGUUGCAAAUCUCCUCCUCUUUGUGUCGCAAAUCCCCACAGGACUCGAGAUCGUCGCCAAAGUUUUCGAGUUUACAACGUGGCCUUAAAAGGUGGCGGACGUGGUCCCUUGUACGACAAGAAUAUGCACUCACAUUCUCUUGUACGAGAUGAAUAUUCCCCCAUUGCUAGAUCCUUCGAAUCUUCCCUGGUUGGACUGGCACCGUCACUCUUUUCUUUUACGAGCACAUUGUACGGCAAAGCUAGACGCAGUUCAACUGUUUGGCGAUGGUCUUCUCGACAAACUCUUCCACCGACACUCCCGCAUCGGGCAAUCCGGGCCGUCGAUCCAGCUUUCCACGCUUUAGAUGCUCCCAAAAAGAAUUUCCUGGAUUAAAGUGGGCGCAGUGCUGUGCUGCACAGCCUGGACGGAGAUUCAACCAUUUAAAUCAGAAUAUUCGCCGCUUGAUGCC